ACAAAAAUAAUAAAAAUUAAAAUCUACAAAUAUAAACUAAAUACUCUAUGAGACCAACUGAUACUCUCUUGCUCUGAAGAAUUGGCAUUGGUGAAAGAUAUUUAGUGACGAUGAUAAUGGUGAAGAAGAAAUUGCAAUGGAUGCCACUGCCAAGUGGCAACCACUCCCCUCACCCUCACACCUGAUUUACAUUAUUGAUUGAUUGAUUUGUGAUUUGGAUUUGGAGGGUCAACUCUUCUCUUUGUCUUUCUUGAUUCAAAACAUCCAUCACAAUCCAUAAACAACCAACACUGAAUUACACAGUUUUUUGGAAGCACAUAUUCAUAUAUGUUAGGGUUUUGUUCACUAGUAUAUACAGAAAGAAACUUGGGUUGCUGCAUCUUCUGUGGAAAAUAAACCAAAGAAGAAGACGAACCAGAAGGAAGGAAAAGAAGUGAAAAUGGGGUUGUGGUCAUUGCUGGAGGUAUCAUCUAUGCCAAUACUUCAGCUGCUCAUUAUUAGCCUUUUGGGGGCUGCCAUGGCAACCCAAUAUCUUAACCUUCUUCCUCCCCAUGCCUGCAAAUCAUUGAAUCGGAUAGUGUUUGUGGUGUUCACUCCAGCCCUGAUUUUUGCAAGUCUGGCAAAGACCGUCCAUUUUCAAGACAUAAUCUCAUGGUGGUUUAUGGCAGCUAACAUAGGAAUAACUUUUCUGGUUGGAGGAAUUCUUGGAUGGAUUGCAGUUAAAAUCCUUAAACCUCAACCAUAUCUGCAAGAUCUCAUCAUCGCUAUGUGUGCCACAGGGAACUUUGCAAACAUUCUACUGGUAAUAAUUCCAGCAAUCUGCAGUGAGGAUGGGAGCCCAUUUGGGGACAAGACUGUUUGUAGACAACUGGGGCUUUCAUAUGUCUCUUUCUCCAUGGCUAUUGGGUCGUUCUACACAUGGACUUACACUUACCACUUAAUACAAAGUGCCAAGGCAAAAUAUUGCGCAAUGUUAGGGAAUGCCGAUGAGUCUUCUAAAGAGGCCAACAAUGGCACCGAAGCAAAUGAGACGGCUAGUCUUCUUCUCAAUCUAGACGAACGUGUCGUGAUACCUUCCAAUGUCGCCGGAGAUGAUAAAAUUAUAUUAGAUAAAAAAAAUUUGGAGCAUAGUGCGACAUUAUGGACUUAUACAUCAACAAUUUUCCAUCGGUUAGCGAAGGAGCUAAAGGCACCUCCGGUCCUAGCUGCAAUUUUAGGAUUCCUUGUUGGGGCAAUUUCAUUUCUUCGAAAUCUUAUUAUUGGCGACACAGCUCCACUUCGAGCGCUUAAUGAGUCCAUUACAUUACUCGGGGAUGGAACUAUUCCUUGCAUAACUUUGAUCUUAGGUGGCAACUUAACUCAAGGCAAAAACAAUCGAUGCAGGGAUAAGCAAGGCACAAGUAGGACCAAUGGUGGUGAUGACAGUGAUCGGCAUAAGAUACUUGAUACUUCCCGUCACCGGAAUUUUUGUCGUGAAAGUAGCUUCAUACUUAGGCUUCCUUCCCUCGGACCCUCUUUACCACUUUAUUUUGAUGAUUCAAUUUGCGCUUCCACCCGGGAUAAAUAUCGGUACAAUGACACAACUAUUUGAUGUGGCACAAGAAGAAUGUUCGAUGCUGUAUCUUUGGACAUACUUAGUUGCAGCUUUUGCUCUUACAGGAUGGUCAAUUUUUCUAAUGUGGAUCUUGUCCUAAACUUCUAACAUCCACAAACUUAAAUAUUUCGUCGAUCGAAUUUUAUCGUAUACUAUUAUUAGUUUCAGC